GAGACGUGGGCGGGGUUCUCGUAGCUUGUGCUUACCCUGGUAACAGUGACAAACUGAUUCGUGCACCCCGCCCAUUUAUCAUCAUCGGUACCCGGAGACAGGAGAGCCCAGACAGGCCCUGGGUCACUGGUAGCAGCAACAUGCAGUCGGACGAUGCCCGGUUUCUAAAGAGGAAAGUGAAAGAGGGUAACAUAGAUGUCCAUCCAACUGAAAAGGCCCUUGUUGUUCACUAUGAAGUGGAAGCCACAAUUCUUGGAGAGCGAGGAGAUACCAUGCUUGGGGAACGUAAAGAGUGUCAAAAAAUCAUUCGUCUGAAAAGUCUCAAUGCCAAUACAGAUAUUUCCUCUCUUGCACGGAAAGUGGUGGAUGAAUGCAAACUUAUUCACCCAUCUAAACUUGCAGAAGUGGAGCAGCUGCUUUAUUACCUCCAGAACCGUAGAGAGGGAUUGCAAAGUAAAGAAAAGAAGGAGAAAAAAUCUAACAAGCCAAAAGACCCACCACCGUUUGAAGGAAUGGAGAUUGAUGAAGUGGCUAAUAUAAAUGACAUGGAUGAAUACAUUGAAUUGCUCUAUGAGAACAUUGCUGAUAAAGUCCGAGGGUCGGCUCUUAUCCUUCAGCUUGCUCGAAAUCCAGACAAUCUAGAAGAAUUACUUCUCAAUGAAACUGCUCUUGGUGCAUUAGCCAGAGUCCUAAGAGAAGACUGGAAGCAGAGCGUCGAACUGGCCACAAAUAUAAUUUAUAUAUUCUUCUGCUUCUCCAGUUUUUCACAGUUUCAUGGGUUAAUCACACACUACAAGAUUGGAGCACUUUGCAUGAAUAUAAUUGAUCAUGAGCUAAAACGGCAUGACCUUUGGCAGGAGGAGUUAUCCAAGAAGAAAAGAGCAGUUGAUGAUGACGCAGAAAAUCAGAAUCUGAAAAAAGAAUAUGAAAAAACCUAUAAAAAAUACCAGGGAUUGCUUGUCAAACAGGAACAGCUAUUACGUGUUGCCCUGUAUCUUCUCCUGAAUCUUGCUGAAGACACACGCACAGAACUGAAGAUGAGGAACAAGAAUAUUGUCCACAUGUUAGUAAAGGCUCUGGACCGGGACAAUUUUGAACUUCUCAUACUGGUGGUGUCAUUCCUGAAGAAGCUCAGCAUCUUUCUGGAAAACAAGAAUGAUAUGGCUGAAAUGGAUAUCAUUGAAAAACUGUCCAAACUGGUGCCAUGUGAACAUGAAGACUUGCUUAACAUAACCUUGCGGCUUCUACUGAACCUCUCGUUUGACACUGGCCUGAGAAACAAGAUGGUGCAGGUCGGACUUCUCCCCAAGCUCACAGUUCUUUUAGAUAAUGAAAACUACAAGCAAAUUGUGAUGUGCAUUCUGUACCAUAUAAGUAUGGAUGAUCGCUUUAAAUCCAUGUUUGCCUACACAGACUGCAUACCCCAGCUGAUGAAGAUGCUGUUUGAAAGUUCAGAAGAGCGAGUUGAUCUUGAGCUGAUUUCAUUCUGCAUUAAUCUUGCUGCCAAUAAAAGAAAUGCUCAGCUCAUAUGUGAAGGAAAUGGACUGAAGAUGCUGAUGAAAAAAGCCCUGAAAUUUAAGGACCCUUUGUUGAUGAAGAUGAUUCGCAAUAUUUCCCAACAUGAUGGACCAACUAAAACUUUGUUUAUAGACUAUGUUGGUGAUUUAGCUGCUCAGAUUACAAAUGAUGAAGAAGAGGAGUUUGUUAUUGAAUGUCUUGGGACAUUGGCCAAUCUAACUAUUACUGACUUGGACUGGGAACUUGUUCUUAAAGAGUACAAACUUGUACCUUACCUCAAGGACAAACUUAAACCAGGUUCAGCUGAGGAUGAUCUUGUACUGGAAGUGGUUAUAAUGAUUGGGACAGUGUCUAUGGAUGACUCCUGUGCAGCUUUACUUGCAAAAUCUGGGAUCAUUCCUGCACUUAUUGAACUUCUUAAUGCCCAACAAGAAGACGAUGAGUUUGUGUGCCAAAUUGUAUAUGUUUUCUACCAAAUGGUUUUCCACCAAGCAACCAGGGAUGUCAUCAUAAAAGAUACACAGGCUCCUGCUUAUCUCAUUGACUUAAUGCAUGAUAAGAAUGCAGAGAUCCGCAAAGUAUGUGAUAACACCCUGGAUAUUAUUGCAGAAUAUGACGAGGAAUGGGCGAAAAAGAUACAGAGCGAGAAAUUCCGCUGGCACAACUCUCAGUGGCUGGAGAUGGUUGAAAGCCGGCAGCUGGAUGAGAAUGAACAAUACUUGUAUGGAGAUGAGCCAAUUGAGCCCUUUAUCCAUGAAAGAGAUAUUCUGGAAAGACCUGACCUCUACUACAGCGCAGAAGGGUUGAUUCCAUCGGAUGGAGUAGUGAGCCCCGACUUCUUCAAUGAAUUUCACCAACAGAAUGGAGAUCUUAUGGGGCAGCAUUCGUUCAACACUGGGAUGGGUGAAGAUGCCUUUGGACAGCAUACAGCAAUGCCUGGCCGUCCUUCAACAGCUUAUGGCUAUCGUCCUGAUGAAGCGUAUUACUAUGGGUUUGGGGCACGAUAAAGACAGAGCAGAAGCCAAACUAAUGAACAAUUUCGGAAGCCAUUGGUCCAUAGUUUGUAACAGGAGGAGAAAAGCAUGAGGAUGACCCAUUGUCUGUGUGCUUGGAAACCUUUUUAUAGUAAAUGGAUUUAAUCCCACUGGCCAUAUUUAGACUUCUACAUCACAGAAUAAUUUAUCUGCCAUAAAUAUGUAUAUAAUAUGAAUGUUUAUUUAUAGUGCUGCCAUAAGUAAAAUGAAGUAAAUUGCCAUAAGUAAAAUCGCUGUGAGGCAAUGCUAGUCCAAAAGUAAUAUACAGACCUAUAACUCCCACCAAAUGCAUUUAUUGUGUGAUUAAGUAUUCAAAAACCCAAGCAUGUCCAGAAAGGUCAUAUUUAGCAGCUACGGAAGCUUGAAAGACAUUUGGUUUUUUUUCUUAAUUUAUGGAACUUAAGUAAACUGUAUUUACUGCUGCAUAGGAGUAGGCAAAUCUCCUGGGAGAUGGUAUUCAUAAUAACAUUUUGCAAAAUGCUAAUGGAGCUGCACUUUAACCAUAUUGUCUUGCAGAUGUGCAUAGGUGGAGUUGGCAAUUGUACCUAAAGCAGUAAAGUUUAUGAAUUGUAGAUCAGCAACAUCUGGGUUUUAUGAGUUGUAGUUUGGCAACAUAUGGGGGUCAGCAGGCUGAACAUCACUUACCUUAACCAACUUCGGUGGGAGUACACAAAGAAUUAAGAUUUGUGGCCUGCUAAUUCAUAGUACUCCUGUGAAAAUUUUAGCUCUAUUUAUUAGGGUAGCUGUUAGCUUUAUAGUGUGUCUGUAGAAAUACAUUUUAGCCCUAUUUAUUAAGUAUGACUAAUUAAUUCAGUUUUAGUUUAUCUUACAGCCUUAACUGAAACCUCUUAAUAUCCUUCCCUAUUUAUUGUGUAUAACAAGCUCAGUAUGUUAAAUGUUUGUGCAGAAUAAACAUAUACAGUGUACCUGAA